AUGGCCACUUCGCAAGCACCCUCGAAUCACCACGAGUCGAGCAGCAGCCGCCAGGAACGCAAACCCAACUGGGCUGAAUUUUAUAAACAUGGCAUCCCCAAGGAGGUCAUUGUCAUCGACGACGACGACGACUCUCCGCCGCCGGCACCUGUGCCAGUGCCGGCCACACAAUACGAUUCUCGUCCAAACGCAAAUGCGCGGACGGUGACAUUGAAUCAGAGCACCAGGCAUGCUGAUAAGAAGCGCAAGACUGCCGUCUCUACUGGCUACGAUCCCAUCUACAAUCCAGCGCCAUCCUACUCGACCACCCAGACCCCACACUACAUCAACUCACCCUCUGCAGCCUCCAUUUCAACCGAUCGCACCGCUUCGGCAUUGCAUACGACUGCGGCUACGUCAUUGGGCUCCCAUGCCAGUAUCAACAAUGGCCUAUACAUGCCACAUGCUGCUGCUGCUGCUGCUGCUGAAGACGGUGUUGUCGGACAGAAGAGGAAGCGGACACGAAAAGCCGUCGCUGAUGAGGCGAAACGACGAGAGAGUGAUGUGCAAGGUGAUCCUUGGAGUUGUUAUGUACCACCGCCGAACCCUCCGCUCAAGGCGAGAGACGUUCAUGUGCAGGUGAUGCCCGACACAUCUUACAUGAAACAUCAAAAGGUGGAUGACGAUGAUGGUCAUUUUAUCGUCGUGCCUGAUUCUGAGCUUGGUGAUCGAUAUCAAAUUACCAAGCUUCUGGGUCAGGGUACCUUUGGCAAGGUUGUCGAGGCCUAUGACCGGAAGAAGCGGUCCAAAUGUGCCAUUAAGAUUAUCAGAUCUGUACAAAAGUAUCGCGAUGCAUCAAGGAUUGAGCUGCGGGUCCUCCGCACCCUGUCUGCCAACGACGUGGAGAACCGAAAUAAGUGCAUUCACCUGCGGGAUUGCUUUGACUAUCGAAACCACAUUUGCAUUGUCACCGAUUUGCUGGGCCAAAGCGUGUUUGAUUUUCUCAAGGCCAACCAGUUUGUGCCAUUUCCUAGUAGCCAGAUUCAGAACUUUGCGAGACAGCUUUUUACUAGCGUUGCCUUCCUUCAUGACCUCAAUCUCAUCCACACCGACCUGAAGCCAGAAAAUAUCCUUCUGGUGAACAGUCAGUACCAGACGUUUACGUACAAUCGCACAAUUCCAUCCUCUUCGACCGCCACAUCAAGACAGGCCAGACAACGGCGAGUGCUUCUCGACAGUGAAAUUCGACUCAUCGACUUUGGCUCUGCCACUUUUGACGAUGAAUACCAUUCCUCUGUGGUAUCAACACGGCAUUAUCGCGCCCCAGAGAUUAUCCUCAACCUCGGAUGGAGCUUCCCAUGUGACAUUUGGAGUAUCGGCUGUAUACUGGUCGAGUUCUUCACUGGCGACGCCUUGUUCCAGACUCAUGACAACUUGGAGCACCUCGCCAUGAUGGAGCCAGUAUGUGGGGGACGCCUCGACACAAAACUUGUCAAGCAGGUCAUGGCUGGCGGCAGAGGCAGCAAUGGGAAUCAAGCAGCCAAAUACUUUGUCCGCGGCCAACGGCUCGAUUACCCUAAUAAUGAAACAACGCGGGCAUCGCGGAAAUAUGUCAAGGCUAUGAAACAGCUUCAUGAAAUCAUUCCUCAAACUACCACUUUCAACAAGCAGUUUCUCGAUUUACUGCGGAAAAUUUUUGUAUAUGACCCUCGCCAACGGAUCACGGCGAAGCAAGCACUCAAGCAUCCCUGGUUCCGAGAGAGCAUUGUCGAUGACGGCACAGAGGCCACGAGGAUACGAAUGGAGCGGGAGCGUCAGGUGAAUGGGUAUCGGUGA